AUGCGUCCCCCGCGCGUUUUUGUUCUUAUACUCUUUAUCGCAGCCUCUCUCCUCCUCUUCUGUCGCGCCAUAUCAUCCUCGCUCCGUACCGCCUACGCCGAUUACCCCGCUGGUAACUUCAGGUCCAGACAAAAGACUGACUCCAAGUCGUCUCAGUCUCGGUCGCAUAAUGAUGAUUCAGAAAAGUCUCCAAAGUCCGUCUGGAAUUCCAUGUACUACAACACCCCAUUCUCAUUAUUUCCACCAAAUGCUGCCAUCAGCUUGACCGACGACAACAGCACUUCCUUUGCCGCCCGUCCCGCCGCUUUUGGUCCCAAGCUCGCUAUGCGAGGUCUAAGUGGUCAGUUAUGGGUGGGCAGUGGUUUCGCAGAGGAUGCUCUUAUACAUGGUACCGGCGAAUUGGGCUGCAGCGACACACCGGGUUGGAAUGAGAGAGCAGAGGCCAUUGCUCUUCACAAGGCCUUGAGGGCUGCUGUCCCUUCUAUUUCAACUUCCAGGUCCAGCACUUCUGUCCGUGCUAAGCGAAGCCGAGUCGUUAUCCCCAACGCUGGCAAUGGUCACACCACCUCCAGCCAUGUCUCUGUCAUGCAUGACCAUUCCGAAAUCGACGGCAAAGUGGCGCUACUAAUGCGAGGCGGUUGCGGUUUUCUCGACAAAGUAAUGUGGGCGCAACGAAGAGGCGCUCUCGCCGUCAUUGUUGGCGAUAACCAGAAAGGCGGCCCUCUUAUUCAGAUGUUUGCGCAUGGUCCUGAAGUCGAUAAUGUCACCAUUCCAUCCGUUUUCACUGCUCGCACGACCGCGCAGCUGCUGUCUGCGCUAACGCAACCAGGGAGCUUCAUCGAAGAUACAUUAGACAACCAAGGCAAUCCUGUUCUUAGAGUUCAGAGAGGUUCCAAAUCCAGGAAGCACAGUAAACAAGGCGUCAAGUCCACGAUUACCGCCUCGACUCACGAUAGACGAUCUGCCGACGACACCCACAGCCAAAUUGAAGAACAAUCUACCAAGCCAAACAACAAAAAGCGAAAGACGGCGCUUAGAUAUUCCAGGAAAACUUUCACCAAGAAAAACAAGGUUGUCAGAGGGUCACCCAAAGAAAUUCGAAGUCCCCUCUUAUCUGAGGAUAAUUACGACGACUGGAGGCAUCCUGGAUCCAGAAGGUUCAAACCUGUAAUUCCAUCCAAGGCUUCCCUUGUUCGCGAUCGCACAAGUGACGAUGAUCCUGAACCUGAUGAGGAAGAAAUUCUGGUUGAAUUCUUGACAGAGGAUGAGGAUAACGUCCUCGACUUUUCCCACGAACGUAGCGAAGAGGGACAUGACGAGCCCGAUGAAGCCGACGAUGACGCACACGAUGGACUUUGGGUCACUAUCACUCCCACGAGUAAUGCUAGCCCGUUUUUCGAUACACUUCUCGUACUGGUCGUUAGCCCGCUAGUCACUCUGAGUUUCGUAUACGCCCUUCUGAUUCUUCGCGCUAGAAUCCGCCGAAGGCGCUGGAGAGCUCCGAAGUCAGUCGUUGAACGUCUACCCGUGCGCACGUUCCAUACAGUCGCUCCCUCGCCACCUUUGACACCGAGAACUCCUUCACCGUCCGCUCCGACACCAACCACUCCUCUACUACAGGAAUCUCCUUCACGACCACGACCUCGGUCGAGGGGCUCAACGGGUACUCCGGAAGAAGAAACGCGAUCUAGUGACGCUAUACCAACACCUUCAAACCCAACCAGGAACAAUGCUCGAUCUGAGCGCGAGAAGGGCUCUGGUGGGUUUUCUGCUGAGUGGAAAAAGUACAUGGGACGUCAAGUCGAAUGUGUGGUGUGUCUUGAGGAAUACGUGGAUGGCGUGAGCCAGGUCAUGAGCCUCCCAUGCGGUCACGAGUUUCACGUAGAGUGCAUAACUCCCUGGUUGACGACUCGCCGACGAACUUGCCCCAUCUGCAAGGGCGACGUAGUUCGAUCUCUCGCUCAUGGCUCAUCAUCUGAGCCGCACUACGAGCCAUAUCGCGACGAUGCAAGUGAUGACGAUGAUGACGAUGACGAUGGAACUAUUGCGGAGGGCUCUGGCUCUCGUUCAGAUGACCGUGAAUCCGAUCUUGAACAGGGUUUGCUUGCCAACGAAAACCGAACUUCACGAUGGAGUCGACACGACGGUUGGCUCAGUAUUUUCUCCAGUGGCAUUGGCAGGGCAAGGUCUCCUUCUCCCGAGGAUCGCAACCGGUGA